AUAUUAAGACUAUCUCGCGGAGUACACUUAUACUAACUUAUUAUGAAAUAGUUCAGUUUCAGAUAUUUUAUUGAUGAUAGAAAUAUGAAUUUAUAUUGUUAAACAUAAGAACGGAAUUUUGAGCAGUUUCGAAAUGAUUUGUUUCAAACUCCUAAAUACAUUUACGGACGAAAGUUGGUGAGUUUUAGAAAACAAUAGCAGCACAUCAACGGAAGAUCGAACACGUGGAAAAGAUGAGCGAAAAGAAAAAGUUGAACGGCGACAAUAACAAACCUAAAGAUUCGUGGUUUAAGGAGAAUGACGAUUACAGUGACAAAGAUGAAAAAAUCAAGGAAAAAGAGCUGUCACCUAUAGACAAACUUAACAAAAACAAACAUAAUGCCACCAAGCGUCCAACCAACAGUAAUAAAGUUGAUACAGUGCAUUUAGACGAUGGAAAGCAUGGAGGGCACAGUUUCGGAAAACAGUUGAUAAGGGAAGCAGUAGCAAGACUUUACCUGAAACAACAGAAUACAAGCAGCAAUGACAUCUGGAAUGCUUUUCUUAAUGAAUUGUUGGUUAAUGGUAAACAAAUGGACAUAAUGAAGGCAGAAAUAUUUCUGAGAAUGAAUGAAAUGGAAAAAAUGCUGUUAAAAAGGAUUAACAGUAUGGCCUCUGAAAAUAACAAUAACUUCCAAGAUAUUCGAAAGUUCAUGGAACAUUUUCGAAGCGGUUGGCACCGACAACAAGCAGGAAAUCAAGCCAGUGUGGCAGUUAAUACAGAUCCUGAAACAGAAGAAAGGAACUUUGAUAUUCCACAAGCACAAGAAACCAAACCAGAACCUGGGUUAGAAGGGGAACAAAAGGAAAUGAAGGUCAAAGAUACAUCACGCAUGGAGCAGAGUGCAGAAUGUCAAGCGCCCACAAAUGACCAAACUGACAGAAGUAGAGAAAUUGAAGACAUUUGUGUUCGAGUUGUAAACAGACUUAUGAACUGUAAUCAGUAUCAACAGAUACAUCAACAGGCACAGCAAGCGGUUGAAGUCUCUACCUACCCUCAAGACUUACAUCUUACUUGUUCUUCUCACCCGCCACAGGCUUUUGAUCAAAGUAGCACACCUUCUCUAGCUUUCUGCUGCAGCUGUACUCGAUGCAUCUGCUUCUGUCACUCCAAGGACAGAAGUGUAAAAAAUAAAAGCAGGAGGAAUAAACGAAGGUUGUUCGGCGAUAAUGCCGACAGAAAGCAUAAAGAUUGGAAACGCAAAACAGAAGUCACAGAUGAAGAAUUUGAAACAAAUCCUCCGAAUGGGGACUUAACACAUGGUGACCUGAAUGAACAAAAUGGGAAAGUUCACCUCUCAAAAAGUUUGCCUUACCCUUACAAUUCACAAGGAGAAUCAAAAGGCAGCAAUGAAUAUGAUAGGAUGACAGAGUACCUAUGUCAAGGAGAAUGGAAUAGUCUGAAGUUUGGAACGAAUCUUACAAGCAAUGUUUCUGAUUCUGAUGUUCCUCAAGACGAGUCUUACAUAAGAAAGAAGAAAGCCCCCCAAUAUCCUGAUCGAAAGUCUGCGGCCUGUGGAGGAGGUAAUCCUGGAGAUCCAAGCGAUGGAUCAGACAGUGAAGACGACCUUAAGAAGGGUGAUGGAAAAGAUGACAGAGGUGAUAAUGGCAAAAAAAGUGAUGGCGACGAGGAAAGACAUAUUUUUGAUUGGAAGAUAGAUGUCGAUUCUUGGAAAGAGUGUAUUUUAGAAGGAGAUGAGGAAAAAGUAGAACAGUUACUACGUAAAAAAAUAUUACCAGAUGACAAUCUAUUACAAGAGGCGAAAGAGAAAUUCGGGAGAAAAUCUAAAACGUUUUCGGAUAUUUGUAAAAAGAUAUCCGUUUUCGUUGGCAAACAGUCAGAAGAAAUCGUCGAUGUAUGGCCUGCAUUUAAAUACAAGAAGGAUUGUGACAACGAUGAAAAAGUACUGUUUGUUGUUUGUACAGCGAAGAAAGUAGAAAACAUCGACAUCAACACAUACGAAACUGAUCAAAGGUGUAUAACAGAAACACAAAAAAAUGAGAACCAAAUUAUAAGGGAACGCGAACAGGAAAAUCCUUUUGAUGAUGAGGAAAUGAAACAAAUAGUUCAAUGCAUGAAAGACAAUUCAGUAACUCUCAUGGACAUUCACAGCAAUAUUACAAGAAUUUCUGUAAGCUGGAUUAAAUCUAAAGGUUAUGGGACAGAAUUAAGCUCAAUGAAUCAUGAAUUAUGCAUAGUCCUCUAUGUUCAUAUUAAAGGACUAAUACCUAUCAAUGAAGAUCCAUUUCCAACAAAUGUUGGAAUUUAUUCUGUUGAUAUAAGGGAAGGAGUUUUCUUGCCUCUGGCUGGACCUUUUGAGCACCAUGAACAGAUCAAAAUGGGAUGUGCAAUUAGAGGUGACUUUCACACUGGUGGCGGUGUAGGCACGUUAGGAGGUUUCGUUGAACACAAUAAUAAUAUUUAUUGUAUAACAAGCGCUCAUGUUAUGUUUGAAAAGCACCACUUCGAACAUCUUCAAAAAAAUAAAUUGAUAUUAUUCGGACCUCAUCAUCAAUAUUUUGCAUACCAACCAACAAAAAAAGAGGCAAAACCCUUUGGUAAAAUUACAAAAGCUGUUUACACAGAAGGCGGAGGCGGUGCUGCAGGAGUAGAAGCAGUUUUGAUCUGUGUGGAUGAAAGAUGUCCUAGUUCUGGAAACUUUCCCGAUGGGAAAAAUUACCGUGAGGCAGGAUUUGAUAAUGGUAUGUCAUACACUUCUGGAAAAACACUUGAAAUGGCUGAUCUACCCAGAAGAACUGACGUUAUAAAAUAUGGCAUCUAUUCUCAUGUUACCAGAGGUUGUUUCAGACUAGAUGGCGCAUCAAUACGGAAUAACAAUGCACUUGGAACGAUUCAUAAUUUAGGGUUUCUGUUGCACAAUCAAAUUGAAAUUGAAGAAAUAGGUCAUGUUCGAUUUGCUGAGCCUGGAGACUCGGGAGCAUUGGUUAUGACAGAGGAAGAAAACGGCGAUUUGGUUGCUAUUGGCCUGUUAGAAGGAGAAAUGGAUGGUAUAUACAUAGUAACACCUAUCUGCGAUGUCCUAGCUGCUCUAGGGAUACCAAGAAAUCAAGGCUUAAAACGGUUUGGACCACUCACUGUUUCAACAAAUCGGCUAAAUGAACAAUCGCAACAUAUACCGACGACACAAACAAAUGCAACUCCAGAUUCUGGAAUAUCGAUAAGUAGCCAAAAUUCACCAGAGCGUAAUGACUUUCUGCAACUCGUUUCUAAAGUAGAUAACCUAAGUGACAGAUUUUCUAACGUUGAGCAGGAUUUGCCUCAAGAUGUAGCCAGACAUGCUGCCGAAAAUAAUUAUCAAAUGACUGAAAAAUUAAAAGCAAUGGAAACUGACUUACAACAUCAGUUUAUGGAACACAGAAAACAAUAUACAGAAAUUAAAGAUCAAAUGACUGGUAAAAUAAAUGCGAUGGGGCAUCAGUUACAGCAACAGUUCGAGGAACACAGAAAACAAAAUACAGAUCAAAUGACCGAAAAAAUGAAUGCAAUGGGACGUCAGUUACAACAACAGUCGGAGGAACACAAAAAACAAAAUAUAGAAAUAAAAGAUCAAAUGACUGAUAAAAUUAAUGCGAUGGGACAUCAAUUACAGCAACAGUUCGAGGAACACAGAAAGCAAAAUACAGAUCAAAUGACCGAAAAAAUGAAUGCAAUGGAAUAUCAGUUACAACAACAGUCAGAGGAACACAAAAAACAAAAUACAGAAAUUAAAGAUGAGAUGACCGAAAAAAUGAAUGCUAUGGGAGAUCAGUUACAACAAAAGUUCGAGGAACACAGAAAACAAAAUACAGAUCAAAUGACCGAAAAGAUGAAUGCAAUGGGACAUCAGUUACAACAACAGUCGGAGGAACAGAAAAAACAAAAUACAGAAAUCAAAGAUCAAAUGGAUGCAAUGGGACGUCAGUUGGAAAGAAAAUAUGACGAACAGAAUCAAGAAAUCAAACAGCAGAUGGGCCUAAUAACUGAGCUUCUGAUGAAAAUGAAUCAAAACAAAGCAUGAAGUACUUUCUAUCUACAUGAUAUUUCUUUAAUAAGCGACUCCAAAGUAGUUUUCUAGACGUAUAUUUUUGUAGCAACCUGUCUGCUAUCAGUAUAUCUUUCCACUACAGAUUUGUUUCGUUGCAGGUCUAUUUUUUCGAUGCAUACCUCUCCGGCUGUAUUUGGGGUGCUCUGUACUCCCUUGUUCUUUUUAGUAAUAAAAUAUAUUAAAUUUAAAUUGGGAAGGGGUGGGGAUCGGGACAAGCUCGAUGGUAACUGUUUUGGCGGUAACGAGGCUAAACCGAAUUACCAUUAAAACAGUUUUCCGAGAGCCGGAUAUUCAAAUAUGCAUCUACAACCAGUGCUAAAUGAUCUUAUUUUUGCAUUCCAAACUACAUAUUACAGAAUAGAUAAAUAAAAUCUGGAAAGUAGAUCCCUCGGAAGCACCGAGAACAAGGCAAACAGUCAAAAACAAAACACUUUCUUUGUAGAACUCUCUUAUUGUAGCGUGUUCAAACAAAGUACGGGAAAUUAACGUUUGUAAAUAGAAAUGACGUGAUGACGUUUCGAAGAUGCUCUACAACGAUGUUAUGAUUUAGUUUUAUCACUUGUAACGCAACUGUUGUUUUUUUAAAUUUUCGUGAUAUAUAUUUUUUCUGAAUAGAAAAAUCUACUACUAAGGGAGAGAGAGCAAGUAGAUUUAUCAAGGUAUUUGAUUUUAUCAAAUUUAACGUUAUAGAAUCAGAACGCAAAUCGUGAGUUGUCAUUAACACCUUGAGAGAUUUGGCAUUGACUUUGCCAGCCAAACAUUCUAACCUGGUUUCAUAAAGCUCGGAUAGAAUUUAUGGUUUUUUAGUUUGUGUAGAAUGUUUUUAUACGAUUUGACCUCUUGGCAUUAAUGUUUUACCCUAUAUAAUCCAGUUUCAAACUAUCUAGAUUUAUGAAAACAAGUAUUCUGACCUGGUCUCAUAUAGAUCCAGUUGAAACUGCAUUUGACACAGAUGUCCCCCUUUAUGAUGCCAGUUACGGACUGGACAAACGAAAAUACCUAAAAUGUCUUUUGAAUAAAAUUUUGACCUUGAUCAUAAAUGAAUCUUGCACGCGACACGUCGCUUUGUUAUAGUGAGUAAUUUUGCCAAUUGUUUUAUACCCACGCAUGGACAAAAAGUUACAUAUGGCAUACAGUCUUUGACAUCCAUUUCUCGCGCGGACAAUCGGACGUGCACAUGGACAGAGGUAUCACUAUAUGGCCCCACAUUUUAUUGGUGUGUAUGAAAAUAGUACCUAGAAGGUUAUUUCUAUGGUUUGAUCUGGUCACCUUGUAACGCAGUUUUAUAGUAUGCUAUGAUUUUGUUAACAGAAACAUUCCGACUAUGUUUCAUUAAGAUUGGGCUAAAAUUGUGACCUCUAGAUUAUUGACAGCGAAAUUGUGACAGACUGACGAAGGCGGACGACGGACGCUGUGCUACUUCAGUAGCUCACCAUGAACACUUGUGCUAAACACAACUAAAAGUAUAUUCUUAGGACAUCGGUAUCCUCACUUCACUUCUUCUCACUGUAACGUCAUAGUGUUUAUUUGUUGAUAACGCAAGAGCAAGUAAACUUUUAUAUCAUCUUUACCUGCGUUAUGAAUCGGGGUAGCUGGUGGUAUGGAAACUAUUAAACAUCAAGACACACGAGAAAAAAGAAACUGAAAGAGUAUUUUUCUGUGAAAGUGGGAUGGACUAGAAGGCUCGUGUAAUUUUACAUGCUAAACCGCAUUUCUUAACUCUAGGUUAAAUACUUUUUUGUGUUACAUGCGACACAUACAAUAAGGCCCUUAAAGCACAUUUUAAAUCGGCCAAAGUUCUUUUCUGGUCAAACAAACCCUAGAUGCAGAAAGACACAUGCUGAACAACAUUACUUACUAGUUUCAUGACUCUAGGUCAAAUUCUUUUUCGGGUACAAUUUGCGACACAAACUUUGCCCAUACUGCAUAUUUUUGACUAAAUCAAGGGUCAUAACUCUAGCUUGGCAAAGUGAAAUCCCAAAUAGAAUAUCAAAUGCACAACGUUACAUACUAUAUAACAAUUCACUAAUGUUUUAUGACUCUAGGUCAGAUAGUUUUGUGAUGUAUGCGGCAAAACCUUUGGGUCUAUUAAGCAUAUAUUUGACACAGUAAAGGGCCGUAACUCUGGUCUGGCUGACAGAAAUAAAAUGAUCUCAUAGUAUUACGUACAUAGUUAAAAACCUUUCAAAAAUAUAAGAUAAUUACUGGCCAGAUAAAUCAAUUGUCUUAAAUAGACUAGCCCAAAACUCUUAAUAGACUAACUAAAAUAUGAUGCUUCCUAAACAAACAGUAAUGAUAAAGCAAAAGACUACUGAGUAAUGUUAUGCAAUAGUAAAACUGUAUAUUAUAUAGGCUGAUGCUGUAAAUCUUUAGAACAUACUUAUUUGAAUAGACAAUGACAAUGAAAAAAUGUUUAUUUGAUACUGGCCACCGGCCCAUAAUAGGAUAAUGCAAUACAGAAAGACAUUUUAGAGAAAUGUACAGGUACGCUAAAGAUAUAUAUAAUAUAAUUUUUUACUUAUACACAUGUAUAAUAUCUAUAAAUAUUAACAAACAUGUAUGUAUUUUUCCAAAACAUUAUAUAUAAACUUAUUUGACUAGACUUCCAUAUUAUUUCAGUUUAUGUAAUUUUUUCAGAAGAUUGAAAACAACACUGUGUUUUAUAUAGAAAAACAGAAUAAAAUGAUACUGAAA